CAGAGUGGCUAUUCUAUUUACAGCCCGACGAGGAGGGGGGAAAUGAAGAUAGUUUAUCAAGAGUUCAAAGUUGAGUCGAAAUCGACGAGGAUUCCGAUGUUGUGAUGAUAUCAUAAGGUGUAAAUCUGCUCUCGACUGUCGGGGAAAAAAGUAUAACGAAGUAGAGAGUUAGUGGCAGAAGGAGGGCGGGACGUGAUCCAAUAAUAUUCCAACCGGAUUAAGCACUUUUCAAAUGCACGAAACUAACCUUAAUACUUCGGCGAACUCCGAAUAGGUCUAGGAGUAUUAUGGAUGUUAAUAACUACUGGGUUUAUCAACCACUAGAGAUUGAGCCUUAAAGAAUCAUCGACUCUUCUUUGGAUAUUCCUGCCACUUUGGAUGAAGUUAUAGCGGAUGAUUUCAACUGAAACUUAUCACUACAUCAACACAGGACUAUGUGACGUCACUGGACUGUGAUGAUCGUACGUUCUUCAAGUUUGGAACUCUUGCAAUCCUAUAAAUGAAUCUGUAUUAAUCAACAUUAAAUAUUAUUUUUACUUGGACCACCCAUUUUGUUUCAUCUGAAGUGUUAGGUAAAUGCGAUUUCUUCUCGUCUGCUGAUAAUCCAUUUUCUAUAUCCAUUAUAUUCACUGCGUGGAGUACCUGACAAAUUAGUCGAUACACUUUUGAAUGCACUGGUCCUCGGCCAACCGUUGUGUAUUUGAUGAUAUUGUCCGAGCUCUUUUGGAUGAGCUAAUGACUUUUUUGCGAAGAAGCCAAGAGUCGUGAAGUGGAUCAAGGAUGCAUUGUUUUUAACUCAGCAAAAAAUUGCAAAAACCAGGUUUUGAGUACAGAUGGAAAAACUUUAAGAAAUUGAUAAUUACUUCUGACAUAAUAGCCAACCGACUUCCUAAUGGAAAACUGAAAUGACGAUAUAGGUCAUUUUAAAGUUUAAGAAUAUCGAUACAUUUUAUAUCGAUUCAUUUCGGAAUUCAUAUUUUCUAUUGUUUAAAGCCACCGUAUUAAGGCCAACCGUGUUUCGAUUAUCAUCGAUUCGAUAAUCUUCGAAAGGAUUACAAUUUUGAAUCCGACGGAAUCAGAAGGAAACUUUGAGGAAUCUCCGAUAUUGAUUUUGGAUUUUCUCCCCUGGAAUAUCAAGAGUCAUCAUGACUCAUCACCGAGUCAACAUGCAGCGAGUCACUAAAAAGCUCCGCCGGAUGACGGCUCCAGCAUCCAUUCAGAAAAAUGGAUUUGGCAUGUCGAACUGCGGAAGAGAGGAAGAUUUUAUUCACAUCAACGAAAUUGAUGAUGGCGACGCCUCGUUCCAGCUGUACGUUCCGUACCGUAAAAGAUCGUCUCAGAGCAUUUUUGAAAGCGACGAAGAAGGGGAGGAUACAAGACCUUACAGCCAUGCAGAUAGGCACUCGUUUCACGAUCCAAAUAUUAUUAGAAGGAGUAAACUCAAAGUAGCAGAGUCUCCAACCGAGGAUCAUGGGAAAGAUGGAAAGAAUCCUUUCUCCUUCAAAACUUUCAUCAAGAAAGAGAAGAGAAAAGCUGUCUAUUACUCGUCAAGGGAACAACUGGAUAGCUCAGGAAUGGAGGAGGAAGAUUGGACGGAAGAUAUGGGCAACCAAAAUGGUACAGCACCAUCAGGGGGAGCCGCCCCAGAGGUGAGCAAUGCAAACUCUGGGACCACCAGCAACACUACCAGUAGCAGCAGCGGCAGCAGCAGCAGCAACAACGGAAGGACCAAUCAGAGACGUGCGACCAGUCCUGGCAUGCCCAACCGAGCAGGGAGAAAGGGUGCCCGCAGCGUGCAGAGCACUGCAGGAGGGACACCAGCACCUCCUACACCCACCAAACCAACGCACAUGAAGUCUUCCAACCAACCCCAGAAUCAGCACCCGCACCAACAGCAACAACAAGCUGCCAAUGCACAGAACCAGGCAAAGGGCAACGAGUUUGUGGAUUUUAUUUACGACUAUGCAACCAAGGAAAAUGGCGAAGGAGGGGAGAGCAAUGGCAAAAACGGUGAGGAUUCAACCAACAAAAAGAAUAAAUCGUUUGAUGCGGUGGUGGCCGGGGACCUAGCUGGACACAGAGAGCAUGUUGAUAAGAAACAAGGCAGAGGGGAGCGAGCCAGAGCACAUACCCAUGGCCAUGCUGCGAGGAAACACAAGUCACCUGCCAAUAAACCAAACACAAAGAGCACAUUGGUUGUUGACUAUAUUGAUGCUUCGCAGAAUCCCCAGUCCUACUCAUCUUCAAAUCUCACUGUUCCUGAAAUGAAUGCGGGAAAUGACUCAGGCCACCAAUUUGGUGAGUUCACACGGCCCAAAGCUGCUACAGAGUCCAAGCCACACAGAGAAAGGGCAAGAGCGCAAUCCCACGGCCAUCGUAAGAAGGGUUCAGGUGAUGCCAAGAGUCAAAACAAACAAAAGGGUACGUCUUCAUCCAGCGAUACGUCAGACAGAGAACACGUUGUCAAUCUCUUGGCCGUGCCACCCAAACCUGCAAAGCCAUCAGAAAAUGGACACCGUAGCAAACUUUCCUCUAGUACGAAUGAACUGGAUGAUACUUCCCGUGAUGAUAACAGGAGUCAUGAAAACCUAUCAGACGUCUCGGUACAUGAUUCCUCUAUGUCAGAGAAACCCUAUGAAGCCAUGCCAUCUGAUAAGAACAAGAGGGACACGCCCCCAUCAUCUACCGGGGAAAAUUUUGAAAAUGGCACAAGUUCUUCAGAUUUGGCCAAACUUAAGCAUGAGAAUGCUAAGCUGAGGAAAGAGUUAGCAGAUAGUAGGAAAUCUUCGGAUAAAGACAGCAAAAAGAUCGAGAAUAUGGAGGCGGAGAUAAAGAAACUAAAACUACGGGAAGCGGAAGAUGCCAAGACGCUGGAAACCAUGGUUCAACACGUAGAGGCCAAUCUCAAGAGAACUACGGAAAGAGCAGUGACAGCAGAAAAUACCAUAACCAAACUUAAAGCUGAGAUUAAACAACUUAAGAGUGAACUGGGUGGUGGAAGCUCUGGUAAACAAAAGACGGAAGAGAACAAAGAAUUAAAAGAUAUCAGAGAAAAGGCCAACGCAGCUUCACUCAAACUUGCCACUGCAGCUAAAGAGGCAGAAACAAACAUCAAGCAACUCAUGUCUGGUGUAGAUGUCCUUAAAGUGUUGGCAGAGACAUUAGCCUGCAUCGAUAGAAUAUCUGAAGACAAAUCGGACAAGCCAAAGUCGUUUGGGACAGCUCUUUGAUGAAUCUCAAACCUUACAUCACUGCAUCACUCUUGGUCUUUCAUGUCGAGCUUGAAGAAACCCUUUCUGUACUCCAGUGUGUACAGAAGGAUGUGUUCGUGGAAAGAGAAAGAACAAGGAACACAAACUCUAGAAGAAGAUAUACUAUUUUGAAAAGGAAACAAUCACUUUUGUCAAAGACAUAGUUGCAUUACAUACCGUUUGGAUUAUUGAUUAUUUUGAAUGGGGGCCACAAAGUAACUGAAAUCAAUUCUGAAUGUUUUGAAAGCAGUGCUAGGUGUGGUUUUCACGGGAGUCGCAAAUUUAGGAAGUGUGUUUGCAAAGGAUGCAAAUGUCAAAACAUAUCAACGUUUCCCUUGCAACUAUUUACUUCAUCUUGUAUAUACCAUUGAGAAACUACAGCCAGUCAACAUAAACAAAGAAAAUAUGAAUAAUUAAUCUGACAUUUGCGCCCUUUGCAAAACACUUGUGAGCCCUGUACAGUUAGCAUCUGAACUUUUGUUAUAGAGCACAACUUUUUCAGGUAAAUUUUUUCAAAUUCAAUGUUUAUAAUUCCAUCAUGUAUUUGGUAGGUAAAUUUGAUUUCAAUUUUCCUCUUCAAAAAUUGCGAUGACUGGAUUGUCAAACAGACAAGAAAAAAAUGCCUCCACCAUCGCCAGAUCAGACAGAUAUUACACAUUUAAUUUCUCAAGUUUUCAAAAAAAAAAUUAUCAUAAGGCCACCAAGCAGGGAAUCCACAGGUAUUGGAAUGUGCUAUCAAAUAUGUAAUACAGAAAAUAUUUAAUGAAUAAUGGACCACUGAGGUUACAGUAAAGCCCAAUAGGCUAUCAUUUUAAUGAUGAUACCUGGGCACCAUCUUACAAAGAGUUACAAUUGAUCCGAUCAACCUCAAGUAUAUGGAAAGCCAUCAAUGUCAUAUUUUUU